AUGUCAUCUGGAGUAAUUGUGGAUCCUUCAUGUUUAGAAGCAUUUCAGAUGCAGAAGAUAAGAAAGAAACAUCGUUACAUUCUCUACAACUUGUCUGAAGACUACCAGAACGUAGUACUAUAUAAAUCUUCUUCUCCUGAAGCAACUUAUGAGGAAUUUUUAGCGGAUAUUCCCGAUUCUGAAUGUAUGUAUGCUACUGUUGAUCUACCAGGUCCCAAAGGUCAAAGUUCGAAACUAAUAUUCAUAAUGUACACUCCUCAAGCAGCAAGUGUAAAGGAUAGAAUGGUGUUUGCUUCUUCAAAAGAUGGUUUUGUUAAAAAGUUAGAGGGUGUGCAUGGUAAAUUAUUACAAGCCUCUGAGAAAUCUGAUCUUUCAUUUGAUAGUUUAGUAAGAGAGUACUUUUAG